GAUGUGGCCCUGUUUUCUGACGGCGCCUUCCGGGUCACUCGGGUGCCCGUGGCCACGCUGCCAAGAAGUGAAUAAACACCGAGGGGUUGGGGGGUCCCUGUCAGAGCCCCCGAGUCCCCCGCAGCCAGUCCCUGCGCCUUCGCUUCCCUCGGCGGCGUCCGGACGCCCCGGCUGCAGGGGCCGCGGCCUGGGGAGCGGGCCUGCGGACGGCGCGGCGGAGCCGGGAGCGGGGAGGCGGGGGCCCCGGGGGCCCGGCGGCCGCAGCUCGGGGCCGGGAGACCCCAUGGCGCCGCCCCCAGCCCCGCUCCCGGCGCUGACGGCGGGGGCGACCCGGCCCGGUUGCCAGAAGCCGGGGUCCGUGAGCUUCGCGGACGUGGCCGUGUACUUCUCCCCGGAGGAGUGGGGGUGCCUGCGGCCCGCGCAGAGGGCCCUGUACCGGGACGUGAUGCGGGAGACCUACGGCCACCUGGGCGCGCUCGGAUUCCCAGGCCCCAAGCCAGACCUCAUCUCUUGGAUGGAGCGGGGGAGUGAGGCUUGGAGCCCGGCCGCCCAGGACCCUGAGGAGGGGGCCGGCGUGGGAGGAGCUCUGCGAGGAGGUGCCCCAAACAAGAAGGAAGGGGAGCCCGAAGCAGUGCCGGGAGCCAAGGGACCCAGAGGGACUCCUGGGGAGGAUGGGCCCGGGGAGCUGGUGAAACACAACCCCGACGGGGCCCUCGGCAAGGCCUCGGCGAGAGCACCGCCGCCCGCGCCCACGAAAGCGGCCUGGGACCCGCGCACGGGGGCGCCCCCGGCCCCGGUGCCCAGCCGGGGCUCGCAGGCCCGCCAGCGGCGCCACGCGUGCGCGGACUGUGGGCGCCGCUUCACCUACCCGUCGCUGCUGGUCAGCCACCAGCGCAUGCACUCGGACGAGCGGCCCUUCCCCUGCCCCGAGUGCGGCAUGCGCUUCAAGAGGAAGUUCGCCGUGAACGCGCACCAGUGGACCCACCGCUCCUGCUCCGGGGGCCGGCGGGGCCGGAGGCCUGGCAUCCGGGCUGUGCCUCAGGCCCCGGUUCGGGAUGACCGGGACCCGCCCGUGCUGUUCCGGCACUACCCAGACAUCUUUGAGGAGUGCGGGUGAGUGGCUCCCACGCGUGGGGUUGAGCCUGACCUCGGCCAUAAGGACUGACUGGGCCCUGACCCCUAAAUCAGGGACGUGGGAACCCAAAUUCAUCCCUUGGGCUUCCCUCCAGGAUCCCUCAGGUUUUCAGACAUGUAGAAAGGAAAGUGCCUGUAAAGAUCCAACUAGAUUAAACUUGACACCCCUCUCCCCAGUUUUUCUAAAAGAUGAGUGAGACGCUAGACUUCUCUCAGUGUUGUUUCAGUAGCAGGUGCAACCAAGAUCGUUGCUGUCUCAAAAACCGCCCUUGCUGCUUACCUGCAUGAGAGGUAAUGCUGAGGCCUGAGGCCUGGGGAAGGGCCCCGAUGGAGGGGUGGAGGGCGUGGGCAGGCCCGGCCGCUGACGCCUGCAGGGAGCCGGGGAGUGGGAGCGGGUGCGCAGCACAGAAGCCGGCACCGAGCUGGUCUCUGCACAGGCACAGCUGGUGAGUCUCGCCCUCCCAGCCUCACGCCCUCAUCUGUAAAAUGAGGAUUACUAAUGUCUACCUCAAGGGAAAGGGUUACUGUGAAGACUGAAAUUUAAACAAUAUAGUAUGUAUGACAUAGUAAAUGUGCAAUAAAUGUGUUGAAAGAGUGAAUUAUGGACAUUUUACAUUUCAGAAAGGCUAAGAAGGCAGGACAUGGAUAUCAAUAGCCAUGUUUUGCAGAUGAGUAAACUGAGGCUCAGAGAUUAAGUGAUUUUUUUUUUCAACAUUUCACUGGUUUAAGACAGCAAAGCUGGAAACUGACACAGAGCCCAAAUAUGUCUACCACUUUCUCUGAGCAGUCAGUAGAACACAGGUCCUGCUCAGGUGAGAGUGAGGUGAGAGCUGAGAUCUGGGCAGGAAGCCAGCAGGACAGCAAACAACAGCAACUACAGGAAAGGUUUUUUGGUCAUGGCCAGCUAGCUCAGUUGGUUAGAGCUGUGGUUGGCAAACUCAUUAGUCAACAGAGCGGCAAACCGCGGCUCUCGAGCCGCAUGUGGCUCUCGAGCCGCAGUUUGCCGACCACUCGGUUAGAGCAUCAUCCGAAUAUGCCAAGGUUGUGGGUCCUAUCCCCGGCCAGGCCACAUACCAGAAUCAGCCAGUAAUACAUGGAUAGGUGGAACAAUGGGUCGAUGUUUCUCUCAAUGUAUCUUGUCCUUUCUCUCUCAAUCAAUAAAUGAA